AACGCUUGUGAGGACCCCAAAAUGGCGAUGCUCGCGGAACCGCGUCGGAGACAGAAGUGGUCAGCGGAUCCUAGGAACAGCGCUUGGACCAAAGAUGAGUCCAAGUUUGGACAGAAGAUGUUGGAGAAAAUGGGGUGGUCCAAGGGAAAGGGCCUUGGGAAGGAAGAACAAGGGGCUACAGAGCAUAUCAAAGUCAAAGUGAAGAAUAAUACCCUGGGCUUGGGAACAAACGUUAACCACGAGGACAACUGGAUUGCUCAUCAAGACGAUUUCAACCAGAUUCUCGCAGACCUGAACAACUGCCAUGGCCAAAGUGAAUGUGUAGCUGAGGAAAAGAAGAGUUUUAGCCUGGAAGAGAAGUCGAAGACGUCCAGAAAGCGGGUUCACUAUAUGAAAUUUACCAAAGGAAAGGACCUUUCUAGCCGCAGUGAGACUGAUCUGGCCUGCAUCUUUGGGAAAAGGACGAAGAAAUCAAAAGAUCAAGAGGAGAGCAAUGGCCAGGAUUCCCAAGGCGAAAAGGAGUUGGAGGAGGAGGAGAAUGAGACUCCUUGUUCAGAGGUAGAGGUCACAGUCAACACGGUCACCAGUACUCUCACCAUGCAGGAGUACUUUGCUCAGAGGAUGGCCCAGUUGAAGAAUGAACGUGAGGAGAAGCGCAACCCCACCACUACCCCCAGCACGUCCGAAGACAGUUUGGACGCCAUUGAUACGAAACAUGAGAUUUUGAAGAAAAAGAAGAAGAAGAAAAGUAAAAAUAAGGACAAAGACGUAGGUAAAGAGGAAACGGAGGAUUGCAUUGGUUCCCCUGAUGGGGAGGAGCAUGAGGAAAAGGAGCAUGAACAGAGCAGCAGGAGCACAGGUGGGAAAAAGAAAAAGAGGCGGUCCAUGGAUAAGGAGGAAACGGGAGGGGUCACAACUUCCAGUUAUGAAGAGCACCUGGACACUGGAGCUGGGGAUGGAAAGGAGGCUCAACACUACACAGACAGGAAGCUAAAGAAGCACAAGAAGCCUUCAAAAGAGAGCGACGUGGAGGACGAACACACGGUAGUGCAGGAGGAGGCUGCUGACUUGGACAGGCCUGAAAAGGGUCGGAAGAGGAAAAAGGAAGCAGAGGCUCCAGAAGCAAGUGAAGAGAAGAAGGCCAAAAAAGACAAAAAAAAGAAAAGAAAACAUGAAUUAAACGGAAAUUGACAGCCGAGGUGUUUAGUCCUUUUUGAUGUACUGUAAUCAGUACUGGUGCCUUUUUAAUCAUUCUACCUUAGAGAAAUGAAUUUGAAAUGCCUGUGAAAGCUUGACUGUAAAUUUCCCCUCAAGGACAUUUAUCCAUGUUUUGAAAAUCAAGUCAUCUGAAUACAUGUUUUGUACAGGAUAGUAUUAUUUAUUACCAACCAACUUCCUUCUCUUUUUGAAGUGUGGUCAGACCUGUAUGACAUGAUGUUGAGAUCUGCUUCAACAUGAAUUUUUCAUUAAUUUGUUGAACAUUACCUUUAAAUAUUAUAACCAUUAAACAUGUGUACAUCAUUGUGUUUCUUGUGAAUUAAGCUUGAGGAGGGUUUUUAACUCUUUUCAGUAUAUCUUUGGGUUUUAGCCAUGCUCUACAUUAGAUAUUUCUCCUAAAACCUUUGGAACUAAAAAGGUUCACAGUGAACCAGUUAACAUUUUUAUUAGUUCUUCAUAGCACCUUGCUCUGAAGUAAUGUGAAUGGAAUUACACAUUCUUUUAUGGAUGUGUCAUGUUUUUAUAAAAAAAAUGACAUGCAUGUAGUAAGCAAAAGUGCUUUUCACAAUAGAUGAAAAGAUUUAGAUGCACACACAAAAUUUUCAUAGCACAGCUUUUUUGCUGCCUUUUGGCUGGUGCACGCUACUUGAGUUGCAGGCUCUAAAAUUGUCAUAAAAUUGUUAAUGAAUAAAUAUGAAUAAACGCUAGGAGUUCACUAGG